CUCCACGUCUUCCAUCCUUCUUUUCUUCGAACAUCGCCCUCGACAUCCUCAACAAGCUGUUUGAUUACACGUACUCUUUACUGUAGAAUUGUUUUGCCUUUGUGCUAUUCUAGCCAGCGACCAUUUGUUCCUCUCAUUUACUUGCCCUCUAACUAAUCUGCAAUUGCUGGCUGCGUGAUGGCACAGGGUGUCGUGGCACCUCCAUUGACAAAUGGAGUGUCCUUGACAGCAGACGAGCUUCGUGAGAUUUUGGAGUAUGAGAGAAUUGUACAGUUUCGCGAUGCUGUGUUGGCGGGCACGCAUCCUCGCAUAAAAAUCCCGCCUCACCUUGCUGGCAAGCAGAUUUCGCGAGUUAUAUCUUCGCCCAAGUCGACUACACCUCGACCCAGCCUGACCACACCCGCAGCGCGCACGACCCCUAGCACGCGCGCAGACGACUCGACUUUCUUCAACAGAUCCCCAACCAAUCUGCGACCCACUGGUGGCGCGCAUAUCUCAAUGCCUUCCAAGUCAGAGAUCAAUCCUAUUCUCUUGGAGAAAUCCGAUGACCUGAUAAAGGCUGAGAUACAGUUACAACGGCAGAGGCUGGAGAGGGGCCUUAGAGAGCAGAUUGAGCAGCAGCGUAUUACGGCGAAAGCAUUGCUUCAAACGUCCGAGUCGCUGCCCAACUUUGACCUCUCUGAGGUGCUGUCAAAAGCGCUUGAAAUCGUACACCCUUCCACUGCCCCAGAAGUUGAGCCCUCUGCUGCUGCCAGUGACUCGUUUGAUGAGAACACUUUCUAUUCUAGUCAGCAUGAUACACCAGAGCCUUCCAGUCCUCCCAGGGGCCAGAAGGGCCCAGCUGAGGUGCAGUCGCAAACCGCGUCGAUACCUGACCAGCGUCCUGUUGAGAGACAUCCUACACAAAACCAGGUCGAGCACCGAGCAGUGGUCAUGACUGGUACUUCGCUAUCCAAUGAUAACAAUCUAGCUUUGCAGGCUCGUCCGCAGUUGCAAUACUCACAACAGCAGAACAGUGCUUCAAAGCCGCGCGAGGAGCAGCAGCGUAUGGAGAUAGGGAAUUCAGCGUCAAGCAGUUCAGGAGAAAUCAUAUCCCAUCGUGCUCAAGGAACGGUCAACGUUAGCAUACCCCCAACCAUUUCUCAGAAUUCAAUCCAGGGACAAUCUUCCAAUAUUGGCCAGUUUACUGAUUCCAUACUUACUCAGGCAACUACACAAGAUCUCCUCAAGCAGGCAUUUGACAACAUCCCUACCUCGCCAUUAGUUCGUGCUCACAACCUGUCUCCUAUUGCUCCCCAACCUGCCCGAGUAUCCCCACUAGCCACAGCCAGAGAUCCUCCUAUACUUCGAGAACAUGCUGCUGUUGAUGAGAUGCAGCCUGCGCAGGUUUCUACACUUCGCAACCAGCCCACUGGUGUUUCAAGCACCGACAGCUCACCCAAAGGCACGAAGAAUAACGAGAAGAAGAGAGAAAAGGAGAAAAAGAAGAGGAAGAGGAAAGGGAAAGAGGCGGCUGACACCCCAGAUUCACCAUACAUCAAACCAGAGCCUCGAUCGCCAUCCCCAUACACAGCAGUAGCGCCCUUGCCUCGGCCCCAAAAGAGACCAAGACAAUCAGGCCAGUUUGCGGCAGAGCUCAACUACGACGAGCCAAGACAGGAGCCCCUCGAAGAAGUCCGAGAGAGAACUCCGGUGCGACAGUACAGAGAAGUACGUGGUUCUCGUAUAGUUGAGCGUGAAGAGGUUCGCUAUGAGCCAGAGUACCGCCGCGUCGAGCCUGCGCACAGACGUAUGGACAGAGAAGAAGAAAGGGGAUAUCGACGUAUCGCUGAUGGGCAGUAUGAAAGAAGACCCCAAUCUCCCGUUUUCGCCCUUCCUUAUGCUCCAGGCGAAGUUCGUCAAGUCAGAGCAGCCUCUCAUGCAGUUGUGGAGAGAAGAGCCUACGAUGAGCCACACUUUGUUAGAGAACCUAUCGUGAGAGCAAGUGUCCGCCCUGAUGCAGAUCGUGAACGCUCAAGAUCUCCCAUCUUCCGUGAAAGAAGAUCACCACUUCCUAUGGCUCCUCCACGGCAGUCUAUGCGCAUUGUCAUUGAUGAGUUUGGUCGCAAAUACUAUGAGCCCCUGCCUGUUGCACCUCCACCACGUUACCGCGAGCCAGAGAUCGUCUACGAACGAGCUCCAACUAGAGCAGUGUCUAGUCGUGUUCCAGCUGAAUUUGAGGAAGACGGUAUUAUCUAUAGAAGAGCAUCUCCAGCACCACUUGCUCCACGCCGAGUUGUCACCCAACCAGAAUACGCCAUUCCACCCCAGCCAGACUACCGAUCAUACCGUCAAAGAGAAUACUCCGUUCGUCCAACUGCAAUGGGACCUCCUGGCGAAGAAUAUAUUCAGAUCAGAAGCCGACAACUGACGCCCGAAGAUAGCCGCAGAGAAUACAUUCCCAGACCAGCGAGUGUGUAUCCAGAAGCUGUCAGAUACGAGAUCCCCCGCGAGUAUACUAGAAUGCAAAGUGUUCGUCCUGAGGGACCACCACGGGAGUAUGCUGCAAGUGUACGUCCAGAAGCACGCAGAGAGCUGGUUCCACAACCGCAUCGAGAGUACAGCGUUCGCCCAAUGGACCCGCCUCAUAGUGCCAUACCUCAGUCACAACGAGAAUAUAGCGUCCGACCAGUGGAACCGGUCAUUCGUCGAGAGCCACCCGCCAUUCCAGAAGGUGGAAGAUAUUACGAGGAACCAGCUGGUCGUCAACCGGCUGAAAUUGCGUUCAUCGAGAGGCCUAGGGCGAGAGAAUCAUCCGUGAUGGUUUAUGCAGACGAUGUUAGGAGAGAAGUGUACAGAUAAUUGGGCUGGAAAUCCUGCAGUUGGUCGUUCCUUGGCAGCUUUAGUUGGUUAGAAGCUAUUCAGGACCUCAAACUUGCGUGUAUUGAUUUAGAGAGAAAACAUA